UAGUGCGAAGCAGCAAACAGCAAACAUUAUAAGGAAAAUUUCUAAAUAUUUGCUCAUAUUUCUACAAAGGACAUGGCAUCAAUAACCAAUGAUCUGGAUAUUCUAAAAUGUCAAGAUUCUGCAAUCAAAAAAUUUUAUACAAAUCGCAGCAUUCUAAUAACAGGCGCUACAGGAUUUUUGGGAAAAGCAUUGAUAGACAAAAUAUUGCGGUCUUGCCCCGACGUAGAAAAAUUAUAUUUACUCGUGAGAGCUAAAAAAGGAAAAAAUGUUUUGGAAAGAGUGGACACCUUAUUUGAAGACCCUGUAUUUGAUCAAUUAAAACUAGACAUGCCAAAUUAUCGACAUAAAAUAAUAGGGAUUAAUGGCGACUGUUCAAUAGUGGGACUUGGUUUAAAUGAAAAAGACAGAAAAAUGAUUUGUAGCAAAGUUUCUAUAUGCAUUCAUAGUGCUGCUACAGUUAGGGAUAAAUAA